UAACUGUUGGCCCGGAAUCAGCUGUCUUUUGUUUUUAAAUUUGUUUUGAUAAAACUUUCACUAUAAAUUAUGAUUUAACAGGAGGCAAAAUCUAUAGCUAGAAUUUAAACAGGUGACAAUGCUGAGGCUGUGCCUUCCGCCCCGGACCGGAGUGCCCUAUAGGCGUAAUUUCUCACACGAAAAGAAAACACGACCAAAAAAGCAAGAAACGCACUAUGAGGUACUAAACAUAUCUGACGACAGCAGUAGCCAAGACGUCCGAAAUGCUUUUGUUAAGCUUUCCAAGUUGUACCACCCGGAUGUCAAGAGCAAUGCAGAUAGUCCUGAGAGGACGGCUCGGUUUCUACAAAUAUCGGAGGCAUACCAGACUCUGAUAAAGCCACAGCUACGACGAAACUACGACGAUAGCCUGCUGUGGCAGCCAACGCGCUCGGAACGCAGUCCGGUGGACGAGAAUGGCAAUCCCAAUCAACCGUGGGAUAUCAAGCCCAACUUUGACCCAAAUCCAGGACCCUAUUAUGGCAUCAAGGGAGUGAAACGUGUCUCCAAUUGGCAGGUUGCCUUGGUAUUAAUGGCUAUUGGGGUCAUAGGAGCUUUCUUCGGAUUUACGUCUGUCAAGCACUCCUUCGACCUGAGUCGUCAAAUCCAGGACGAGGUAUCGGCAAAUGCCGUUUCCCACCACGCCGCCGUCGUGGCAGAUGCCCAGAAAUAUGGGAACGAAGAGCAGGUGCGCCGCAUGAUCGAUCGCAUGGCGCGGAGUCCGCUCAACCAGACGACUUCUAAGUAGCAGUUUUUUUUAUUUGAUUUAGCAAAAUUAAACGUGAAAGCAGAUAGA